AGAUCGAGCUGGGUUAAUGACUACAGUGGAGGGGAACUUCCCAGCAAAUGUGAAAAAAUCCCUACAGAAAAGCCUGGUGCAGGGCGAAUUGAUGGCGCCUUCCUAGAGAGCAACUUGAUGGGCACGAUGUUUGCACGGGGGUUAAAGAGAAAAAGCGCCGAAGACGGGGAGGAUGUGGAAGGAGGCCUGGCAGGUGCCCAGGCCAUGCCUUCCUACAGCCUGCAGCGCCAGUCGCUCUUGGACAUGUCCCUGGUCAAACUGCAGCUGUGUCACAUGCUGGUGGAGCCCAACCUCUGCCGCUCGGUCCUCAUAGCCAACACAGUCCGGCAGAUCCAGGAAGAGAUGGCCCAGGAUGGGACCUGGCGUGUGGUGGCACCCCAGGCGGCAGGGCGGGCGCCAUUGGACCGCCUCGUCUCCACUGACAUCCUGUGUCGCUCGGUGCGGGAGCAGGAGGGGGAGCGCCCUGGCCCUGACGCGGGAGAUGGCCACACGCCAGACCUGGUUCCGGGACUUGCCACAGUCCCAUCUGCACAGGCCCUGAGGAGCCCUCAGAGCAGCCUCUGGGAAGUGGACAGCUCUCGAGAAAACAGAGGAGGCUUUCAGAAGUCCCUGGAUCAGAUAUUUGAAACGCUGGAGAAUAAAACCUCUGGCUCUGUGGAAGAGCUGUUUGCAGACGUGGACAGCCCCUACUACGACCUGGACGCGGUGCUCACGGGGAUGGUGGGUAGCACCCAGUCAGGCCACGGCAGCGGGCUCCAGGCCUUCUCCUCCGCGACCGCCCCGCCUCCCAGUUCCAGCUGCAGGUCGGAUCUGGGCGAGCUGGACCACGCGGUGGAGAUCCUGGUGGAGACUUGAGAGGGCAGCUGUGCCCUGAUGGGACACAUCGUGGAUGGGUUCAUAAGGCAUCCAGAGUGCUUGGCCUGUGAUGCUUGCUGCCCUGCAUCUGCGGGCUCAGCGCCUGGUUUGUCUGUGAUGAGGAGAAUGUUCCAGAACACCAUCCAGUUGCCCUCUCCCAUUUCUCCCCAAGGGGGCUAGGCGGUUUUCCUUCGGGCUGGUCAUCCGGGCCAGUCUGACAUCCCGCUGGCCUUGGGCGCUCGUCCCCUCUGUCCUGCUGCAGCUCUGUGGAGGGCUCGAGUUGCCAGCUCUGUAUCCAGCCUGGUUUAACUUUAGAUAGGUGAAUUUUUUUAAAUUAAGUUUUAUAUGUUUUGGGCAAUAUUUUGUCUUAAGAUAUAUUUUUUAAACUUUUUAUACUUUUAUCUUUUUAGAUUUUUUCAGCUAUUUUCUUAAAAGUAUAUUUUUUCUAUAAACAUUUUCUGCUGCUACAUUAGAAACUUAUAACCUAAACAGUUGCAGUUGGUGUAUUUCUUUUUUUAAGGUUUAAGUAAGGACUUGUUUUACAUGAAGCUUCACUCAUGUAGUGUACCUAGGUCAUGAUUUUCACUUGACGUUUGUGUGAACCUUCUCCUGUCCUCCGUGACGAUUAGAGCACCUUGCACAGCCCCAUCUUUUAUUCUUGAGUGUCAUUACCAGAUCUGCUGUGCCAGCCCUGUCUUCGUUAGAGUUACGUGGGGAUUUCAGAAGGUUUUAUUUAUGCCUAUUUAUGUGUAUGUGUUGGAGGCAAAGGUCAGAUCCUGUCAGUCAGAUUGUGGGCACCCCAGGUGUCUCAGGUGGUGCCUUCAGAGGAUCUGACUCUCGGGGCCCCUCUUGUGUGGUUUUCCCAGCACAAUGGGCCUCUCCCGGGAAGAUGCUGCCUGCCAGCAUGCCUCACCACUGUAGAGGGCCUCCGACUGGUAUGGACAUUAAUCAAGGGAAACCUCACUAAAAUAGAGUGGGGAGGCCUGAAGAGGGGGCUCUCACUCCAUCCCACUGGACAUCAAGGAUUGUCGAUCACAGACCCAGCAGAAGAAUCCUCAACAGGAAAGAGUCAAUUGCAGGCCCCACAGGAAAAGGUGCACAUUGCAUCUCCCACCAGAAACUGCUGGCCCCAGCACCUCAGCCAGAAACAAGCCCUCAUCACCCAGGACUCCCGCUUCUCUCCAGUGGACUUCCGUUCCAAACAGCCCUUCCGCUUCCUUCUUUCUCCAUAAAUAAUGUUCCUCUCAUUUGUUGGACUUGUGUGUGGUUCUGCCGUAGCAGGUUGUAAUUCUGUUAUUCCUGAAUAAACCCAUUUUACUGGUAAAAAGGUCAACACUAGCCUAGCUGCUGGACCCACAUUUGCCGGGCUGGCAUGCACGGAGGUCGCCAUGUGCCAGGUGUGUGUGGAAAGGGCGCUGGACUGGAGAGUGCCCAUGCUUGCUUUGGUGCUGGGACAGAACUGUGAGGUGAAGUCUAUAAUUAAAUCUGGACACUCAUCAUUGUAUGACUUCUCAAUCCCGAGGGUGGUUGACAGUGGGGUUGGCGGAACAGUGCCGCGGAAGUGAGCUUUGGGGUACCCUGCGUGCUCCCUGUGACCCUGCCCUGGACACUGGGAACACCCACACCUUUUUGAUUUUUUCACUGGUUUACAAGUAAGCCUGCACUCCCUGCCCCACCCCUGCCCAUCUCUUGCUUCUCGCGCUUUUUCUUCUUUACCCAGCCUUUAGCCAAAACAGUCUGUUUUCUUUCCUGCAUAAGACCUUUCUUUAAUAUCCACCAUGUACACAUUGCUUUAUUAAACAUUACCCAGCAAACAAAAUGGAAGUGUGUUCAUUAUCAGCUACAGCAUAAUCCACGAGUGGAUCUUUUUUCCUAGGUCAAUUCAGCUGGCUUAUCUGUUUCACUUGGAUGUGUUAAAUUGGCACUUUGCCAACCACACAGGCUUCGACGUUCAGCACCUGCUUCUGCCCCAGUUGUGGGGCUGGGGGGAGGGACAGUGCCCUGGAGGAGCCAGCAGCAGGCUGAGACUUCCACGGACGGCUUCCUUC